AUGCAAAAUUUAGAAGCCAAGGAUAAUCUAUAAUUUGUGAAGCAAAAUUAUUUUUGUAAAAGCAGCUCUAUCCAUUUGUUUUAGGAUGCCAUUUAAUAUUACAUUCUGAUUCAUUCUGUUAUGGACUAAUUUAAUUGUAUUAAUAAAAAAAUACACUUCUCUAUGUACUAAGAAUAAAAAUCUGACAGCGAUACAGUUACACAAUAUGAAGGUAUUAAGUUUAUAAAAGGCAGUUAGGGUCGGUUAGAUAACUCCGUACAAAAGCUUGCAAACUUUUUGACCAUUUCCUGCUGUUUCUUUCUACCAUUAUCAAAACUAAAAACUGUAAAUUUAAUUGCUGCAAAUAGAAUUUCGUAAAGAUGUAACCAAAAUCCACAAGAAAGGAACAACAUUCCUAUAAUGAAUAAAUGCAUUCCUAACAAGAUGGAUGUAGGUUGAAGGCCUCUAGGAGUGCUGCAUCAGUUAAGGUGAAAUUGUUGCAUUCCGAUGUUCUGGUUAAAUAGAUAAGUGAAAAAUGCGACCUGUUUAUGACUGUAAUUUCAUAAAUUCUUUGACAUCAAACCAAAUGAUGAUGUAGCAAAAUUUUGCAAAGAAAUAGGAAAAUAAGAAUUUAAUUGUUUACUAACUAUGGUAGACACAGAACAAAAAUAUCUGUAAUUGAAAUAAAGUUCUGAUAAAACUUUUAAGGGAAUAGGGUGAAAAUACUCCUUCAGAUUGAAUGUAAUGUGAUUCUUAAAUUAUAAAAACUAGUGUUUUGAAGUGAAGUAUUUAUCAAAUUUUAAAUGCAUGUAAAAAUAUUAGAAAGUGCUUAAAGAUUAAUUACAGGAAAAUUAUGUUAUGAAGAGAUAACAUCACUUCCAGGAUGUAUCAACUUGAUUAGUAUUCUCUUCAUCAACACUUAAAAUAUUGAUUUUAAAUUUCAAUUCUAUAAUCCAAGAAGAGAGCAUAAAAUC